AUGCAAAAUGCCAUAGAAAUUGUCUUCUCACAGGCUCGGUAUCGUUGGUGUUUAUGGCAUAUUAUGAAGAAAAUUCUAGAGAAAUUGCGAGGAUAUUCACAAUAUGUGUCCAUAAAGGUUGCUUUGAGUAAUGCAGUUUAUGAUUCAUUCACAAAAGAUGAAUUUGAGGAAUAUUUGGAAGCAAUGAUUGAAAAUUUCAAUUUGAAUGACAACGAGUGGUUAGGGGUAUUAUACUGUGAGCGAUAUAGGUGGAUUCUUGCCUAUGUUAAAGACAUAUUUUGGGCUGGCAUAUCAACUACACAACGAAGUGAGAGUAUGAAUGCAUUCUUUGAUGGAUAUGUGAACUCUAAGACAACCUUAAAGCAAUUUGUUGAGCAGUAUGACAAUGCGUUGAGAAGUAAGGUAGAGAAUGAGACAAAAGCAGAUUUUAAGUCUCGUAACAAAUUGUAUGAUUGCUUAACGGCGUAUCGUUUUGAGAAGCAAUUUCGUAUAGCUUACACUAAUUCAAAAUUUAAAGAAGUUCAACUAGAAAUGAAGCAUCUAGUGUAUUGUCGUGCAAAUCUUAUCAAAGAGAAGAGCGCAAUUUGUACCUAUCAUGUGAGGGAGGCUAUUAUUGUGGGUGAAGGAAUGAAGAAAGUGGAAUUUGUUGUGUACUUUAAUUCAACUGAAUGUGAGCUCCAAUGUAUGUGUCGGUUGUUUGAGUUUAGAGAACUUGCUACCAAUGAUGAUGGUAAACACAAAGUGAUUCAACUUGGGUUGAUGAAAAUCAAGGAUGAAGUGGGAAUAGUUCAAUCAAGUAGUGCGAGUAAUGUGUCAUGUACUAGUACUUUACCACCUUCAAGUAGUACUUUACUACCUUUCCAUACUUCACCAAAAAGUCCGCCUCGUAUCAAUACUACAAAAGAAAGCAUGGCUCGCAAGGUACUCAGUUCUUUGGUUGCUCGCCGAAGAGGCCGUCCAUGUACGAAACGGAAGGUUAGCAAGGUUAAUGCAAUAGUGAAUCGGUUGAAGGAAAAGAAUAAGAAGGCUAAUCCGGGUCAGAAGGUGAACCUCGUGCCGCCAAAUCAACCUUACUAUUUCCCUCGUAUGGAUGCCACACAAGACAGUAUGUAUGUACCGGCACCGGUUAGCACAAUUGGGGACGACAUUAGAAGCACAUCUCAUACUCAAGCUGGAAUGGUCAACAAUAUUAGCAGUCAAAGUUCGAUAGUACCAUCAAAUUUUGUUGACUUGAACAUCGACGGGGAUCCGAAUAUUAAGUGA